CUCUCCCUGCCGCUCGCUCGCUCGCAGCCCAUCCGCUACUCCGUAGCCGAGGAGGCGCACAGCGGCUCCCUGGUAGGCAACCUGGCGCAGGACGCGGCGCUGCCGCCGGCGCAGCUCUCGGCUCGCCGCGCCCGCCUGGUGUCGGAGGACGGCCGCCAGCAUUUUCGCUUCGACCGCGCCAGCGGCCUCCUCGUCGUGGCCGACAGGCUGGACCGGGAGCAGCUGUGCGGCCAGGCCGACACCUGCACGCUCCCCUUCGAGCUGCUGCUGGCCGACCCGCUGCAGUUCUUUCGGGUCGAGGUCACCCUGGAGGACAUCAAUGACCAUUCACCCGUUUUCCCUGAGGAACGAGUCACUUUUAAGAUCCCCGAAACGAGCGAUCCCGGCUCUCGAUUUCCUCUGGAGGUCGCUUGGGACUUGGAUGUUGGCAGUAACAGUGUACAGGCAUACAGCAUCACACCCGAGAACGAGUACUUUAGCGUCUCCUAUGGGAGUCGGAUUACAGGCAAGAAGUCUGUUGAACUUGUUUUGGAAAAGCCCCUAGACAGAGAAGAGCAGGCAGAGAUGGAUUUCAGUCUGAUUGCUGUGGAUGGGGGCUCUCCUCCCAGGAGUGGGAGCGCCCAAAUCCAUAUCGUCGUCCUAGAUGUCAAUGACAAUGCUCCUGUCUUCACACAGGAAGAGUAUAUGGGGAAGGUUUCAGAAAACACUCCAAAAGGCUCUGUGGUUAUGAGUGUGUUGGCAACAGAUCGGGAUUCAGGAAUUAAUGGGGACAUUACUUAUCAGUUCAGACAAGCAAUGGACCACAGCGACUCAGCAUUUGAGAUUGAUCCCAUAACAGGUGAAAUUAAACUCACAAAGCCUCUGGACUUUGAGGCAGCACAGACUCACGAGUUCAGUGUGAGGGCCACAGAUGGUGGGGGGCUCUCGGCAAUCUGCAAGGUGGUGGUGGAGGUGUUGGAUGUGAAUGACAAUGCACCCGAGCUGCUGGUCAGUUCCUUCAGCAGUCCCCUCGCCGAGAACUCCGCGCCCGGCACGGUGGUUGCCCUCUUUACUGUCAGGGACCGAGAUGCCGGUGCCAACGGCAAGGUGUCCUGUGCCCUCGAGCAUCAGCUCUUCUUCUCCCUGCGGCCAGCCUAUAAGAAUUACUACGAGCUGGUGACUGUGAGGGCGCUGGACCGGGAGGACACGGCUCAGCACAUCCUCACUGUGACAGCAGCAGACGCGGGGUCCCCUCCUCUCACUACCACCCACACCUUCACCGUGGACAUCUCGGAUGUCAACGACAACGCCCCCGUCUUCAACCAGACAUCCUACACCAUGUACGUGCGAGAGAACAACGCGCCCUCCGUGCUGGUGGGAGCCGUGAGCGCGGCAGAUGCCGACGUGGGGCUGAAUGCCAAGGUGACCUAUUCCCUGUCAGCAGGGCAAGCGGCGGAGCGGCCUUGGUGCUCGUGCGUGUCUGUGAACCCCGAGAGCGGGCAGGUGUUUGUGCUGAGAGCCCUGGACUACGAGCAGCUGAGGCAGACUGCUGCAGGGACCCUGCCCCGCCCCUACUGCUACGAGAUCAGCCUCACCACGGGCUCGGACAACAGCGAGUUCAGGUUCCUCAAGCCCUUCGUCCCCAGCCUGCCACCACAGCCCUGUGCCGUGGGCGGGAGCACCGGUGAGGAACAGGCUGGCCACGUGCUUUCCGGGGCCGACAACCUGCCGAGCGGCCUGGCCGAUGCAGCUGCUGCGGGGACCCUGCCCCGCCCCUACUGCUACGAGAUCAGCCUCACCACGGGCUCGGGCAACAGCGAGUUCAGGUUCCUCAAGCCCUUCGUCCCCAGCCUGCCACCACAGCCCUGUGUCAUGGGCGGGGACACCGGUGAGGAACAGGUUUUCCCUUGUGUCCCUGUCCCCACAGAGGACGUGACCCCAGAUAAUUCUGGGCCUGUGUCUGCAGAACAGUUCAAUCGUCUUUCCUUUAACUAG